AUGCUCCUUUUUCAUUUUUUUUUUGGAAUUAUAAUUAUUCUCCCACCAAACUAAAAAAAAAAAACCUUCAUAAAUACCAUCACCAUAUUCACAUGAUUCACACAUACUGUCUUCUUGGUUCUCUCUCUGUUCCUUCAUAGAUUUCUCGGUUUCUUGACGAACAAGUAACCGAACAGAGGGUUCACGGGGAUGGAGAGUGGAGGUUGCGUAGGCAAUUCUUGCCCGUCUAUGGAGGUUCCAUACGAAAACGGUAAUGGAGAGCUUCAUGUUUUAGCCGUCGAUGACAACCUUGUGGAUCGUAAGCUCGUCGAGAAGUUGCUCAAGAUCUCCUCUUGCAAAGUGACCACGGCGGAGAACGGGCUUCGAGCAUUGGAGUAUUUAGGCCUGGGAGAUCAAGAACAGACCAAAAAUAUUUCGAAGGUCAAUCUUAUAAUCACCGAUUACUGCAUGCCCGGAAUGACCGGUUUCGAGCUGCUCAAGAGGGUGAAGCAGGAGUCGUCGGGUCUGAGGGAGGUACCUGUCGUGAUCAUGUCAUCGGAAAACAUCCCUACCCGUAUCGACAAAUGCUUAGCGAGCGGAGCGCAGAUGUUCAUGCUGAAACCUCUGAAACUCUCAGACGUGAAGACACUGAAGUGCCGUCUGAUGAACUGCAGAAGCUGACAAAAGUUCGAAUAGGAACAGAUAGGAGGCAGAACAGACAUCAAAUUGAGAAAAAGAGAUUACUAUUAUUAUUAUUAUUAUUAUCUUUGGAUCGAAUUAUUGAUUCAUAAACUUGUCUGUUCCCUGCAUAUGUAUCAGAAGCUUGAACUCUCUGACCAUGACACCAUCUGAUUAUCUCAA